AGGUUUCCUCCGGUGGCUACACCUCCAUCAAUAAUGUACGUGACCCAGACUACCCAAGCCCCCGAGACAAGAUGGAGAGCUUCUUCCUGGGAGAGACCCUGAAAUAUCUGUACCUGCUCUUCUCAGACGACCCAAACCUCAUCAGCCUAGACCAGUAUGUCUUCAACACUGAAGCUCAUCCUCUGCCUAUAUGGCCUUCCACUGCAUGACACACACAAGAAUUCAAAUGGCAGGUAAAACUGCAUGAACACACAACAAACAUCUCAGGGUUGGUCUAAUACCAAGAUAAUUCCUUUGUCUGCUGUCUCAGUAACUGAAUGUUAAUCCUGAGCACAGAUGGAAAAAUCCUCCUUUUUACUGAUUGAAUCAACUGUUUGCUGUGUGCUAAUAGCCAUGGGAAAAUGACGCCUUGUUUAUUUAUUGGACUGUUUCCAUCGUGUGGACUUGGUACCACCACUGUGGUAGUGGUACAGUUGAUGCUGGAGAAGCAGAGGAAGGUUUCUGUCAUCCGCGUUAAAGAAAAACCUGAUUGUAACUUGAAUCAAAGAUGUCUUAAUCACAUGUUAUGGGAAUGAGGAGGAGUUGGGCUGAUACAGGUGUUUGGAAGCUGCUUGUAGCUUAUUUUGGUUACAGUUGUGCUCAUUGUAUUUCUUAUCAUCUUAUGUCAUACAAAGAAGAUUCCCUAAAAAACUCCCUUUCAAGUUUCAUCCCUGCAUUGUAUUGUUAUUAGAGUAAAACAGCAUUUAACCCAUUAUGAAACAAAGCCUGUCUGUCCUGGUGGCCUGACCCUGGGAGUGACAGCUGGCUGCUAGGCUUUUUGUAGCAAAGUGUUGACAGCUGUCUGAACUGAACCCAACUCCUGCCUACUGCGCCUACAACCUGAGCGCUCUGCACAGGGGUGUGACUCUUGCAGGGACACAAGGAAAGCUAAUUCCUAACCACACUGUGUAAUAUAGUGGAAGUGCUCUAGCUAGAUCUAUUCUCAGAUGGCGCCUCUCCUCUGCUUGAAACCAGGAAAUAAAGCUUUUGCAAUUGUUUACCUUCCUGAUGGGGCAAGAGCCCUCGGCCCAUAUAUUUGCUGUCCCAUGCAGCAUUCAUGUCAUACUGGACAUGUGAAACAAGGCAGUAGGAGCACUACUGCUGUUGUCCACAGGGGCCGCUAGCAUCAACACAAAAUGACUUUGAGUUGGCUUUCAGUAAAAGUAAUAGGCAUUAUCUGUAUAGAUAGACCGAUGAUGAUAGUGAAAGUACUCAUGGCUCCAUAUGAAGGAGCGUACCGUACUGAAUGGAUUUUUUGCAAACUGGUAACCAAAAGUUGUCCCAGUGGCCUAUGAUUGUCUUCGUAAAAUAUGCCUGAUACCACAUACCUUUAAGCAGGGAUAGACCGAUUUAUCAAAUUUGAUAUUAAGCACUUUUUCAAGUAUCAGUAUGGUUUAGUUAUGUGAUUGCAGAUAAAUUAAUUAACGUUCUACUUUGGCUGAAGAACUUGUACUUUACUUGAGUAUUUCCAUUUUAUGCCAAAGUCGCACUUGCCUACUUCCAUACCACCGCUGGUUAUUCUAAAUUAUGCCAUGGUAAUUUACAUUUUUACUGCAAAUGUAGUAUUAGUUAAAAGUAUCUUUGAUUAUUAAUCUGUAUUGGCUCUGAAAAAAAACCUAUUAAUUAAUCCCUACUUUUAAGUAAUUUAUGUGGUUUGUGGAACUGGCGCUCCUUUCAGCCUGUUUAUUCCCAUAUGACAUGAAUGCA